AUGGAACGUACGUCCUCCAAAGAAACCGCUGUGGCAACAGCAAAAAAAUCAACGGCUGUUGGAGUAACUGGUACGGGUCGUAAAAAGUCUGGUCCUAAAUUCGAGCUGUCCGAUGCCCAAAAGCAGGACAUCAAAGAAGCCUUUGAUCUAUUCGAUGUUGACUGUACGGGAUUCAUUGAAGUCAAAGAACUGAAGGUGGCCAUCAGAGCUUUGGGCUUCGAACCGAAAAAAGAAGAAAUUAAACGUAUGAUAGCAGAAAUCGAUGGCAAGGAUGGAAAAAUAAGUUUCAAUGAUUUCCUGCAUUUGAUGACUAUGAAAAUGGCCGAAAAGGAUACCAAAGAGGAAAUACUUAAGGCAUUCCGUUUGUUCGACGACGAUGACACGGGUAAGAUAUCGUUUAAGAAUCUUAAGCGAGUGGCUCGUGAACUUGGCGAAACCCUAACCGAUGAGGAAUUGCGAGAAAUGAUCGAUGAAGCUGAUCUGGAUAAUGAUGGUGAAGUGAAUCAAGAUGAAUUUCUACGUAUCAUGAAAAAAACUAGUCUAUAUUAAAAUAAU